CGCCGAGCGAAUUGACCGUACAACCAAGCCGCAGAGAAGAGGAAGGCGGAAUCAGUCGAGGGCGAGGCGGCGGCGGCGGCGGCGAUGGCGACGGCGAGGAAGGCGCCGCGCAUGGUGGCGAUCUGGGCGGUGGUGGUGGUGGUGGUCGCCGCCGAUCUGUUCGGAGCGGCGGUCGCGCGGUCGGCGUCGGCGCGUCACGCGGUGGGGAAGAAGCAGCGGGAGUUCGACUACUUCGCGCUGGCGCUGCAGUGGCCUGGCACCAUCUGCGCCUCAACCCGCCACUGCUGCGCCAUCAACGGAUGCUGCCGCUCGGAGCCGCUCCAGACGUUCACGAUCCAUGGGCUGUGGCCGGACUACGACGACGGGACCUGGCCGGCGUGCUGCCGCCACACCAGCUUCGACAUGGACAAGAUAUUGCCCCUGAAGCCGACGCUUGAGAAGUACUGGCCGUCCCUCUACUGCUCAUCCUCUUCCACUUGCUUCAGUGGCAAGGGGCCCUUCUGGGCUCAUGAGUGGGAGAAACAUGGAACAUGCUCAUCCCCGGUAGUUAAGGAUGAAUUAGAGUAUUUCACCACUGCUCUUGACCUCUACUUCAAAUACAACGUCACGGAAAUGUUGGCAAGUGGUGGUAUCCAUGUUUCAAAUGGUAAACAAUAUGCGCUAACUGAUGUCAUUGAUGCCAUCAAAUGUGCUUUUGGGGCCUCACCGCAAAUUGUUUGCAAGAAGGGCUCAGUUGAAGAACUGAGGUUAUGCUUUGACAAAGAUUUGAAGCCCCUUGAUUGCCUUACUACUACUGCUACCAAUGAAAACGUAUCGAAGAAGAAGUAUUGCCCUCGAUACAUCACCCUGCCAACAUAUGACCCCAUAGUACAUGCUAAUUCUACUCGGGAGAUCAUAACAGUCGAAAGUGAGGUCUAUGGAUAUCUUUACACAUCCUAAGAUACGAUUACCGCGAGCAAGAAUUACAUGGCCAUGAUGAAGCCGGUAGUUCAGGGCUCUUAGCUGCUUAAGACAUACUGGGGCCGGCAUUGAGGUUCAAGGAAAUGUAUAUCUAGAUAACUCGAUUAUUACAUUUGUAAGCACGGCACGCCAGAACAACGGAGAAUGUGAUUGUGUCUGAAAAAUCAAUUGCUUUAUGUACUAUGCAAGGUUGGAAAAUAGUUCGUCCAUGUAUAUAGUCAUUGGUCAGGGUCAUCUGCGACUGCAAUCUGCUGAAUUAUAAUGGACAGUGGCAAUCGGUCUGAACUUUUCUGGCUACGAAUAUCUAUCAUGUAUGUGCCCAGAGUACGUGUUGACAUGGAGCAAGUCAUCACGUGAAUUUUGAGUACAAUUCGUUAA